AGGGAGUGGCGCGGGGCUUCCAUCCCAGGACCCCGGGAUGACAGCCUGAGCCGAAGGCAGACACUUAACCGACAGUCACGCAGGCGCCCCAGUGGGGUUCUUUUUCUUCUUCUUUUUACUGACUCCUACCGGGAAGAUAUUGUUGGGGGAAGAUACUGUUGUUUGGGAACCGGUCUCAGAGGAUCUCCGUUGGCCCCUUCACCAGAAGAUAAGGAAGAGAGCGCCUUCUGUGUCCCCCCUGGCAGAUCACCUGUUGCGGCAUAAUCUAAAAGGCUGAGGAAACUGAAGACGCUGCUUCUCUGUUGCCCUGAAGUCUUCACCAUGCACCAGAGGGACAUUGAGAACAUCGUGGGGGUUCUCAAGGACAAAUGCCUUUUCACGGGACAACAGGUGACCAGGAUUUUGCACAGAUGCCCCUAUGUUCUUCGGGAGGACCCUGGUGACCUCGAAUACAAAUUCCAGUAUGCCUACUUUAGGAUGGGGGUUAAACAUGCGGACGUGGUGCGGACCGACUUCCUGCAGCACUCCAUAACCAAGAUCAAGCAGAGACAUGUGUUCCUCGAGCGCCUAGGGCGGUACCAGACCCCUGAUAAGAAGGGCCAGACACAGAUCCCCAAUCCUUUACUCAAGGACAUUCUGAGAGUCUCAGAAGCUGAGUUUCUGGCCAGGACAGCCCAUUCUUCUGCUGAGGAGUUUGAAGUUUUUAAGAAGCUCUUUGCUCGGGAGGAGGAAGAGGAGUCUGAGAGGCAGAUGCCUGACAUGCAGAGCUUAAGUCUAGACGAGGAGGAUGAGGAGGAGGAAGAAGAGGAGGAUGAGGAGGAGGAAGAAGAGGAGGAUGAGGACGAGGAGGAGUGGCAGUAGGACUGGAAUGAAGAGCCCACAGAUAACAAAGAACAUUACAAAUUUUUAAAGCUUCUGAGAGCUUCACUUGGAUCAUCUCAGGUUAUUUUUCCUUCUAAAACUGCCGUUCUGAUGAAAACAUUGUUAUAAAUCUCCUGAGACUGGAUAGGAGCUGCAUUAGGUUGAUGUGUUGUCAGGUCUCUGUGGGGAGGGCCCUCUUCCCUCCUGCAUGGGAGGCGGACUCUGAGCGGGCGAGCCCGGGGACUCGAUACCUCAGCAUGUGGUUUUGGUUUGUGGGGAAUGGGGUUCCUCCGUCUGGUUCAGGAGUCGUCGUACGUUUUCUCUUAGGGACAAAGGUGAAAUAGGAGCAGGCAGUGAGGUUUUAGUACAUCAUAGCACUUCAUCCUAUGAAAACAAGUAGCAGGUUUCCCACAAAAACACUCGUGUCUUUAAUUCUCAAAUGCUGCUUCAUAGGCGCGUCCAGUGUGCAGCAUCGUAAAGGAACGUGGUUAGUGACGUACGGUCUCGUUUUGCACGGCUUCCUAAUGGCAGCCAAGUGUUGGAGUACUUCUCUCUCUCCUUGAAGAAUAGGUCCUGGCUCUGACCUUGCAGGGAAGUUGGCCUUCACACCAGCUCGUGGCCAGUGGGCUGCGUGCACACAUGCACAUGAGUGUGCCGUCCAGUCCCCUCCCCACUGCCCAUCACACAGAUGCGGCUUCUGACACCAGAGGAGACAAGAGUCUUUGAGCGGGACGGGCCUGGUUUCGUGCACCGUGGUGGUGGUGGGCGUCCCCUCGGGGAACCCGGUGGGCCUGAGGGGUGAUUCGGGUGAGGGGGUGAAUUUGACAUUAGUCAUCUCUGAGGUAGAGGCCCAGCCCUGACAGCGUGGGCUCUGUGAGGAGGACUGGCGCACCCAGAAGGUCCCCAGCGGGGGGUGGCUGGCACAUGGUUGACCGUGCAGGAAACAUUUUUGGUGAUUGUCCAAAAUCCAGGUCUUGGCAGCAUUUUAACAACAUGGUAAAAUUCCUGGUCCUUGGCCUUACUUUUCCCACAGAGACCGUGUAAGAAUCCUGUCAGGUAGCAGUUCCCACCUGGAGCGAUCGUGACCCAGGGAACAUCCAGCAACAUCUGAGGACGUUUUUGGUUGUUAGGACUUAAGGGGGGUGCUGUUGGGACCCGGAGGCUGGAGGCUGGGCUGCCGCAAAACAUUGUGCGGUGCACUGGACGGCCUUGAAACAACGGUCCAGCCAGAGAUGCCAGCCGGAAGUGGCCCGAGGCCUGGUCCAGUAGAAUGCAAUUGUAUGGAUUCAUGAGAACAUCAGAUUUGAAGCAGCCUUGCAUUUAUUUUGUUUCUUUAAUUGAAAAGAAAGUACAUAGCUGAGUUUUAAGUUCGUUUUCCACGUGCACUAGAACGCCUGCUGGUAGGUUUGGGGCCUCAGCACUGAGGGGCAGAUGCUCUGUUUUCUCGGGGCUCUUGUUCGAGCACGACGGCAAAGAGAAAGACAUUUUCUGCCAAAGAAAAGUAGCUCAGUAAAUCCCUGCGCAUUGGAGUGAGAUGUCGAGGCAGGAGGAGUCCUGGCCAACGGAGGUGCUGGAGGCGGCUGGCCCUGCCGGGUGGGUUUGCUGGCAGGACAGCGGUGGGAUAGGCGCAGGUCUCCUCAUCCGCUUCCGUGGCAGCCCACACGCUGUGGGAAGGAAGGCUGUGUCUUUGCUGGUUUUCUUGGCCACAGGCAAGGUGACAUGAAAAUGAAGGCAUUUUGCUCUGCCAGUGUUUUAACUUCUCUUCCAUUUUGUGGCAUCCCAAGUGACCGGCACUUUCCCUGGAACCUAGGAUGGGUGCUUGUGCCCAGUCGGGGACUAAGUAGAAUUAUAAACGUGCGUGAUCAGAACGGCUAACUUAGCAUCAUGAGUGCUCCUUUCAUUUUGAUACGGAAAUAAAUUUCUGUGCACCUGAGAAUUUUCUGAUUGCAUUAUUAUUAAUUUCCCCGGGUGGAGUUUGAGUAUAUGUUUGAGGAAGAUGCCAGAGUUUUACAAAGGAACCGUGUGAAGAAAGCAGUGUCUCCUUUCAAAUGUUUUCCAGGAUGAAUUGUAAUUCCUUUAGCGUCAGGAAGUCUUUCACUAGAUACCAAACUUGUGAGACAGCAAGGUGGGUUAAUUGUAAGACAACAGCACCAAGCUCAGGAUUCAGUAGACUGUUUUUUGUAGAAACACGUUUCUAAGUUAAAAACUGGAACACACUAGAGUCCACCUCAUGACUGAGGGGCGUGAGGUUAUUAACAUCGUAGUAGAGAGUUUAUCUACUUUUCCAGUGAUAUCACUUGACCUUGCCGCUUGCUAGUGAUGCUGUAGCUUAUACAGGUGCACGGUGACGGGUCCCGGCGACAGAGCAGGCGUCAGCAGGACGUGUGCCCGGGCCUGGCUUUCUCUGGGCUCACCCAGGGUGGGAGCCCCAGACGCAGCCCGGCUGUCUUCUCCCAGUGGGCCUGGGGCACCGGUGCGUUCUGGAGUACAGUAGAGACUUCUGGAAAUGACAGUUCCUCCUCCGGAAAAUAACAGAUUGUCUAAUACACAGACAUAUGCACGCAAAACUUUAAUAAAAAUAAAAAGCCUAUAAUAUA